AUGGAAGUAAUCGAAAUCGAAGUUGAGAAAGAAGUGACAAAUCCGUUUGUCAAGAGUGGCUUGGUGAGGACACCGCCGCCGCAAACCCAGCAGGUGCAAAAGCAGCACACGAACGAGCAGCAAGCUCAGCAGCAGGGUCAGCAGCAGUAUAGCGCGUGGACGAAACCACCACAACCACCGAGGGUAGAGGCAGCGAAAAAGUUGGUGGACGAGCUGCACGAGUAUGUGGAUAAGAGAAGUAACGUGCACAAAGACAUCAAGGCGUUGGUGAUUAAGCUCCAAGGCGCUCUUGGUUCUGCUGUAAAGGAAUGGAAAAACGUAGUGCAGAGAGCAGAAGCUGGGGAGAAGGAGUUGUUAGCGGCGAAAACUGCUUUAGAGGCACGUCGCGCAGCGCAAAUGCAAAGGGUAGAAGCCGACACAGCUACGAGGGAGGUCAACACAGCGAGUAGGGUCCCCCCUGGGGUGCAGUCCACGCCCUUCUUCACACCAAAGAGGCCAAGGGCAUCGCCUGGAGAUGUUAGACCAGGUGGUCCCAAGAGACACAAGGAUGCCCGUGUCACUGGAGCUAAACUACCACCAGAAGCAACCGACGCGGUAAACAGCCGCACUGAAUGGGAGGUCGUCGGCAAAAAAAAGGAGAAAGCGAGCAAAAAAAACCCGCCCAAAAAACGUAAGGUCGUCAGGACGAGGAAUAAGAGCGAGGCUCUCAUCGUCAAAGCGAGCGACGACUCGUACGCCGAAGUCCUACGCGCUAUGCGGAUGAACCCAGAUCUUAAGGAGCUAGGGGAAGACGUGCAAAAGGUCAGGCGCACUCGUAAUGGUGAGAUGCUUCUCGAGCUGAAAAGAAACCUCAAAGCAGGCAGCAUCUCGUACAAGGAGCUUACCGAGAAAGCCCUCGGAAACAAGGUGGAAGUAAGAGCCUUGUGCCCGGAAGUGACUCUCCGGUGUAAAGAUCUGGACGAGAUUACUACGGAGGAGGAGGUAAAAUUAGCCCUGAAGGAGCAAUGCGAGCUAGGAGAGGUCCAGAUGACCAUCCGUAUCAGGAAUGGACCUGACGGCACCAAGGUAGCCUCAAUUAAGCUGCCAGUAGAUGCAGCUAAUAAAGCGUUGAAAGUGGAGAAAAUAUGUGUGGGUUGGUCUGUGUGUCCACUGAGCGUUUCCCAGCUACCGGACGUGUGCUUUAAGAGUCUGGGUUUUGGUCACUUCGCACGGAACUGUCAAGGGCCGGAUAGGAGUAAACUAUGCAGAAGGUGUGGCGAGGAAGGUCACAAGGCAAAGGAUUGCACGAAGCCUCCGAAAUGCCUAAUUUGCGCUGCCACGGGGGAUAACAAACAUCCUACAGGCGGUAGCAGAUGCCCGGCCUUCAAACGAGCGAGUGCAACGAAGUCCCAGUGGAGAUGCGAUGUUGCGAUCAUUUCGGAGCCAUACCAAAUUCCACCCGGAGAUGGAAACUGGACAUCAGACGGAGCCAAAACAGCAGCGAUAUGGGCAGUGGGAAAAUACCCCAUUCAAGAAGUGGUGCACUGCGCAGAUGAAGGGUUUGUUAUAGCCAAAAUCAACGGAGUCUUCAUCUGUAGUUGUUAUGCACCUCCACGAUGGACGAUCGAACAGUUCAACCGGAUGGGAAGCAGUCUUCUGGAGGCCCUAGCUAAGCUGAACGUAGAUCUUGCCAACGACGGUACCACUACCACCUACCGUAAGGAUGGUCGAGAGUCCAUCAUAGAUGUCACUUUCUGCAGCCCGGGAAUGAUAAGGAGCAUGGACUGGACAGUGUGCGAAGAAUACACCCACAGCGAUCACCAAGCGAUCCGGUAUUGUGUUGGACGCGACUCGCAGGUGGAAUCAAGCAGAACGCAGUUUGGUGAGCGAAAGUGGAAAACAGCGAACUUUAACAAGGACGUAUUUGUGGAAGCACUGAGGCUCGAGCGCAACACAAUAAACCUCAGCGCGGAAGAGCUGACUGCAACACUAUCACGUGCGUGUGAUGCAACCAUGCCUAGAAUGGGAAAACCCAGAAAUGAGCGACGUCCGGCGUACUGGUGGAAUUCGACGAUCGCUGACCUGCGGGCACGUUGUCUACAUGCCAGGAGAAGGAUGCAGAGAGCUAGAAACAGCGGCGAAAGGGAGGAAAGAAGGUUGCCCUAUAGAAUAGCAAGAGCCGCACUCAACAAGGCAAUCAGGCUCAGCAAGAAAGAGUGUUUAGAAGAGCUGAACAACAACGCCAACGAGAAUCCGUGGGGUAAUGCCUAUAAGAUGGCCAUGGCAAAGAUGAAAGGUCCAGCAGUUCCACCGGAUAGGUGCCCGGAAAGGAUGAAAACUAUAAUCGAGACCCUGUUCCCGAAGCAUGAGCCUACGAUAUGGCCGCCAGUACUGUACGACGUACAGGAUGUCCGCGGCGACGAAAUCCGAGUAUCAAACGAGGAGCUGCUUGCUGUAGCGAAAGCCUUACCGGUGAAGAAGGCUCCAGGCCCGGACGGGGUUCCAAAUGUGGCCCUUAAAGCUGCGAUUCUGGAGAAUCCAGACAUGUUCAGGACUACAUUCCAAAAAUGCAUGGAGGAUGGUAGUUUCCCUGACAUCUGGAAGCGGCAGAAGCUGGUGCUGCUACCAAAGCCAGGCAAACCACCCGGCGAUCCGUCAGCAUAUAGGUCUAUAUGCUUGUUGGACACAGUCGGAAAACUGCUGGAGAGACAAGAGGAGGUUACUGGCGAGCGUGUCAUCAUCGAUCGUACGAUACGCAGCUCCAGCGUGGUCGAUGGCAUUGACAACAGCAAGGAACCGAGCCCAGUUGAACCGCACUUUCAGACUGAUGGCAAUGCGCGUGACAAGUUCGUACCGAACAAUAUCGUCAGACGCUGUGCACGUGAUAGCCGGAAUGAUCCCCAUCUGUCUGCUACUGGAAGAGGAUAG